AUGUUACCCUCAAUACCGUAUCCUCCCUCUGGAGAGGGCUACUGGAGUCCUGUAACCUCAACACUUAACUGGUGUGAGGAGGACUACUAUGCCACCAUCUAUUCAGCUGAGAUUGUCAACACCUUGACCAACCUUCUGUUUGUCUGGCUGGCCUUCCGUGGCAUCAACAACUGCAUUCAGAAUGGCCAUGACCGCAUUUUCCUUGUGACCUUCUUCGGUUAUCUGGUUGUUGGAACUGGCAGCUUCCUCUUCCACUCGACCCUUAAAUACCCCAUGCAACUGGUCGACGAACUCUCCAUGAUCUACACUACCUGCCUCAUGUUCUACGCAACCUUUUCGCACAAACAGACGGGCCCCAUUCGCGUGUUGCUUGCAGUCUUCCUGGUAGCGCUGUCAAUCUUCAUCACGGCCUACUACCACUACCUCGGCGACCCCGUCUUCCACCAGAACAUGUAUGCCCUCCUGACUGCAAUUGUCUUGUUCCGAUCCAUGUAUGUCAUGGAGCGCGACAUCCGCCCAAAGCCGAGAGAAAGAGAAGCUGCGCCUGGUCAGAGUCUCAUUAGUGACAAGGAACAACAACGUCGUGAUGACAGAGACCGCAAGAUCCUCAAGACCAUGUGGCUCAUGAUUGCAUGCGGACUGAGCAUCUUCCUAGGCGGAUUUGGUAUCUGGAAUUUGGACAACAUGUACUGCUCGCGGCUACGUAAGUGGCGCCACGAGAUUGGACUGCCUUGGGGAAUCUUCCUCGAGGGACAUGGAUGGUGGCAUCUCAUGACUGGAACAGGAGCAUACUUUUACAUUGUGUGGGGAGUGUGGCUCCGUCAUUGCUUGAAUGGGCGUCAAGAAGAGUACAAGCUGGUUUGGCCAAGCGUCUUUACCUCGCUUCCCUCGGUAGUCAAGGUUGACAAGAGUGAGAAGAAGCAGAAAUAG